AUGGGAGGAAAAAGUUCAAGCCAACAGCUCGAAGACACGAUCUUUAAUAUGAGAUUAGCUUCAAAGCAGCUUCAAAAAGAAUCACAGCGAAGCGAAAAAGAAGAAAAAAUCGAAAAAGAUAAAGCCAAAAAAUAUCUCGAAAAAGGUCUAAUUGACACUGCCAGAAUUUAUGCCGAAAAUGCUAUAAGAAAGAAAAACGAAGCCUUAAAUUAUCUAAGGCUAUCAAGCAAAAUGGAUGCGGUCUGCUCCAGAAUACAAUCAGCAGCAAGGACUGAAAAUAUGACUCAUCAGUUUCAAAAGGUGAUUCCUCAGAUGAAUAGAGUUCUUCACAAUAUGAACUUAGAAAACAUCAGCCAGACCAUGAAUCAGUUCGAAAAAUGUUUUGAAGAUUUAGAUGUGGCUUCUGGGUAUAUCAAUGAAUCAUUGAAUUCUACUACUACAGUUUCGACACCAAAGGAGCAAGUUGAUUCUCUUCUAGGGAUGAUCGCGAGCGAGCAUAACAUUAAUGUUCAGGAACAGCUAGGGGAGACUCCUUUAACGGGCGGCGCGAACUUAACUGAAGAUCAGAUGAAGUCGAGAUUUGAAAGAUUAGGGUAA